CUCUGGGCUGGAGGGGAGAGGCAAUAAGUCUCCUCUUCCGUGUCACCUGUCGGCCUUUGAAAAGCGCUCAAGGGCCGAGACCCGUCCACGCGCGCCGCGGGUGUCGUCAUCCUCAUCGAGCCGCGCGCCGGGCGGGCUCGGACACGCGUGGGAAUGCGAGUCCCGCGAUGGCGGCCGAGGGUAUAUGGCGGCCGCCCGCAGGCCCGCAGGAGGACUGUGCUGUGCGCGGCGAUGCUUUCUGUGUGGAGACGCGCCGAGCUCGGCUUUCUGAUCGUGCUCACGUGGAGCUGCACGGGGCUCGUGCGGGGCCGCCUCACUGGUUCCGACUUCCUGAAGGCCUACGGGGAAACGGACCCCGACUACGACCGCUCCGACGAGCCCCCGGACCCCCCGGGGUACGGGGCCCGCGCCUCCCGCUGGCCCGGCGUGGGCGAGAGGCUGGACGCGGGGGGAGACGCGUCCACGCUGAUGCGAGUGGACUCCGUGCGGGAGACGGCCCGGCCCGGGCAACCCGUCCCCGCCCCGGCACACGGGACCGAGCCCGGGCGGAUUCUGGAAGCCGGGCGCCGUCCCUCUCCCAUCCCGGGCUCGGUCUUGAUGGACCAGCCGCUGGGCUCCCGGGACCCGGACUGGAUGUCCGGCAGCAGGCAGCCGGCGCCGGACUCGCACUGGGAGCCGAGCCUAGGCGGGGCGCAGGGCGAGGUGUCGGGGCCCCCUCCGGGCUCGUGGCUGCGCAGGGGUCCCAGGGUGCACUGCGGGGCCGACGGCAUGACGCUGACCGUGAGAGGGCGGCGCGCGGACGACAUCGCCGUGGCGCCCGGGGGCGCCACCCCCAUCCCCCUCUCCCAGCUGCCCCCUCACUGUGGAGUGAGCUGGAGGAAAACCUGGAGGGAGCUGGUCCUCACGGUGCCGUAUACUGGCUGUGCCACCAGCCAGCAGCCCUGCGGAGAUGAGUGUCCAGCUGGAGGCGCUGUCUGUUCAGGAGCUCCGGGUGCACUUGAGGGGGCAGUGGGUGUUGGUGGAGGAAGUUGCAGUGCAUUGUGGGUUCAGCUGGAGGAGGAGUGAGGACAGGCUGGUCUUCACUGUGGCGUACAGUGGCUGUGGAGUCAAGUCAGAGGGGGGGGUGUACUCCCUGACCCUGCUCUGGGGUGAGAGGGAGGUCACUCUGUCCUGCCCGGCUGUUCUGCCCCCUGCUCCCCCUCCC